AUGGCAACUAUUCAUUCAUUACCAGUACUUAUGCGUGUAGUUUCUGCAUCGUUAACUUUAGCUAAACGAGCUGGUCAAAUCAUUAAAGAUGUACAAACGUCUGGUACAAGCCUUGAUAUUGUUGAUAAAGGACAUAAUGAUCCACAAACAAAAGCUGAUCGUGCUUCCCAACAAUUAAUUAUUUCAAAUUUAACAAAACAUUUUCCACAAUUAACUAUUCGUGGAGAAGAAAAUAUUCCAAUCGAAAAAUCUGCUGCAACAUCAGAUAUUGAUGAAUUAAUUGGAUCGAAUUUAAAUGAAGUUUUGCAAGCAAAAUGUCCAAAUGAAUUUCAAGAUCUACAAGAAAAAGAUCUUGUUGUUUGGGUUGAUCCAUUAGAUGGAACACGAGAAUUUACUGAAGGUCGAUUAGAAGGUGUUACAGUAUUAAUUGGUUUUGCUACCAAAGGCAAUGCUAUUGGUGGUAUUAUUCAUCAACCAUUCUAUGUAAAUGGAAAUGAAUUUGGACGUAGUGUAUGGGGACUUGUGCAUUCCGGUGUUUAUGGGAAAUGUCAAAUGAAUAGUACACCAUUACCUGGUCGAAUUGUAGCUGGAAGUUUAUCACAUCGUUCAAAAACUGUUGUCGAUGCUGUUAAUGCAUGUCAACCUACUGAAGUUUUACAAGCUGGUGGUUGUGGAUAUAAAGCAUUACUUGUACUUGAACGUCGUGUUCAUGCUUAUGUACAUGCUUCACGUGGUUGUAGUCUAUGGGAUACAUGUGCACCCGAAGCUGUUUUAAAAGCAGCUGGUGGUAUGUUAACUGAUGUAUUUGGUAAAGGAAUAUCAUAUUUACCAACUGAUGAUACAUCUGUUAAAACCGGUGUUUUAGCAACUAUGGAAAACCAUGAAUGGUAUGCUCAACAAAUCCGAGAAAAAAUUACAAUGUUAUAA